AUGGCACCUGAGCGAACCAAUGGCGAAACUGACGAAGAGCGAUAUAAACGUUACGAAAGGACCUUUGAGAAGCUGGAUAUUGAAGGGACGGGAAGAUUGACUUUUCAAAAGCUCAAAGAGGCACUUGAAAAGCACGGACAUCCACUGAGGGAUAGCGAUGAGGCCAUCAUUGUUUUGUUCAACGCAAUGGAUUGCGACAAGGAUUCUAUAGUGGAUCUGCAGGACUUCAAAAAAUAUGCCUCAUUGGCGGAGUCUCAGAUAAAACAGGGAUUUCAAAAAAUCGAUUCAGAUCACGAUGGGAGGGUCAAGAUCUCAGAACUGUCUCAGUAUCUUUCAAAGGUGGACCAAAAUUGCAGGCAGGAGAACGAUGACAGUAAAAAUAUUAAAGGGCAGAUGGUCCACGAAGAACAAAAUCAUGACAAGGACAAGGAACGCUCACGAUUCAAUCGAUUUUUCAACUGGGCAUUUCAGAGAAAAUCCAAAGACAACGAUGACUCCGCUGUACGGUACAUUACUUAUGAUCAGUGGAGAGAUUUUUUGUUAUUGAUGCCACGAAAAGAGGGAUCACGUUUGCACACAGCAUACUCAUAUUAUUAUUACUUCAAUGCUGACGUCGAUUUAUCAUCAGAAGGAGAUAUGACUUUGAUAAACGAUUUUUUCCGUGGGUUUGGAUUUUUCAUAGCUGGUGGUAUUUCUGGGGUCGUGUCACGUACAUGUACAGCACCGUUUGAUAGAAUAAAGGUUUUUCUGAUUGCUCGGACUGAUCUGUCUUCAACUUUGCUCAACUCAAGGAAAGAUCUAAUUGCUAAAAAUCCCCAUGCAGAUCUUGCAAAAAUAAAAUCCCCAUUGGUGAAGGCUAUGACAACACUUUAUAGACAAGGCGGCCUCAAAGCAUUUUAUGUUGGAAACGGUUUGAAUGUAGUCAAAGUUUUUCCCGAGAGCUCAAUGAAAUUUGGUUCUUUCGAAUUGGCAAAAAGAAUUCUGACACGGCUUGAGGGUUGCAAAGAUACAAGUGAGUUGUCGCAAUUUGCCACAUAUAUCGCAGGUGGUAUGGCAGGUGUUGUUGCUCAGUUUUCAGUUUAUCCAAUUGAUACUUUGAAAUUUAGAAUACAAUGUGCCCCACUUGACAAUCAACUUUACGGUAACAAAUUGAUGGUGGAAACUGCAAAGGAGAUGUAUCGGCAGGGCGGUCUUAGAUUAUUUUACCGCGGUAUCCUAGUUGGUGUUGCAGGUAUUUUUCCUUAUGCGGCACUUGAUCUGGGGACGUUUUCCGCUCUGAAGAAGUGGUAUAUUGCGAAGCAAGCGACAAAACUUCAAAUACCAAGGGAGGAAGUCUAUUUAAGUAACCUGGUUGUCCUACCGAUGGGUGCAUUUAGUGGUACUGUUGGUGCUACUCUAGUUUAUCCGAUAAAUCUCCUGAGGACAAGAUUGCAAGCUCAAGGAACUUUCGCUCACCCACAGACUUAUACCGGUAUUAAAGAUGUCUUCAUAAAAACAAUUCAAAGAGAGGGAUAUCCCGGUUUAUUCAAAGGGCUGGUACCUAAUCUAGCGAAAGUGUGUCCAGCGGUUUCCAUAAGCUACCUAUGUUAUGAAAAUUUGAAGAGUUUCAUGAAACUAGAAUGA